AUGCCUUUCCUCAGUGCCUUUGAUCCGCUGCUGAAAUACUGCCCCUGCUGUCAGCAUGGCACCUGGCCCCAGGAUGUCCUUGAAGCCUGGAAGCCAGGAGAACGCUCUCCAGAGCGCCCGGCACUCCCAGGGCGUGCUCGCGGCUCUCAGCGGAAGGUCCGCGCUCGGCUUUCGUGCUUGCGGCAGCGCGACGCGGCUCCCGGCGGGGAUCGCCGGUCCGAGGCGCGACCGCAACCCAGCGCCCCCUCGCCGCCGCGGGGCCGCGACUCGGCCCUGCCCGGGCGGCCGCCGCGGAUCCCCGCGCCGAGCCCCGCCCCGCCGCGAGGAGGAGCCGCCGCCGGCCGGGAGCGUGCGGCUCCGCUCGGCGCCGCGGGAGGAAGCGGCGCUCCUUCCUUCUCCUCCUUCGCCGCCGCCACCCCGGCGGGGCUCCCGCCAGCGGCCGCCCCCGCCGCCCGAGGAGCCAUGGGCUCGGCGGCCGAGCUGCUGCCGCCGCCCGGGGAGCGCGAGAGGGAGGCGGGGGCGGCGCCCUUCCGGCACCGGCGGAGCCCGGAGGAGCAGGUCCAGCAGGAACAAAGAAACCAUGCCACAGAGCCUGUAAUAGACGACUAUAAAAAGAUGGGGACUCUCUUCGGCGGACUGAACAAAAGUCUUAUCAGAAUAGGCUUCACAAGGAUGUACUUUGGAGAACGGAUAGUAGAGCCUGUAAUCAUUAUAUUCUUCUGGGUUAUGCUCUGGUUUGUCGGCUUACAAGCUCUUGGACUGGUUGCUAUUCUGUGCCUUGUCAUUAUUUAUGUACAACAGUAAGAUUUUAUAGAUGCCCAUUGUUGGAUUCUGUAUUUUAACACUGUCAAUCCACUGUCUCAGUGGAUAUGGAUGUUUAAGUAAAUGGGUGGCGUAUCAAAAGUUGCAAUGCUUCGAAUUGUUUCUUGCUGAACUUUCAAGAUUCGGUGUGAGAGGGAGUAAAAUUAUGAAUUUUAAGCCAAGUCAGUAGUCCUACUAUGCCUUGACAGGGCACACACAUUAAAAAAAAAAAAAUAUAUAGGAUAUUCAUCACAUAACUGUGUCCAAAGUAAUGCACCCUUUUUUACACUUUUGGGGCCUUAGUCCCCCUACUGGCUUUUUAUUUCUCCUACCCUCCCAAUUUCUGCAAUGUUCUUGUUUUGCAUAACGAAAAUUUCUUGUGUGGUUUGAAAAGGACACUUGAUGUGAGUGUCCUGUUUCAUUGUUCAGGGACUGUGUGCUGUUUGUUCUCUGAAUCUGCAUAAUUUCCUAGUUUAUUGCCAAAAGGCUAGAUUUACAUGAGAGAGGUUUCAAGCAUCUUUGCCUAGUACAGUUUAUAGCAGGCUUUCCUCCACGAAGUAAGGAAUCCAGAAAACUGCUUGUAUACUAAUGCUGGUGACUUCACACAGGACUUCAGCUGUUGUUUAGGGAUAGGGAGGAAUCACAAUCCCAAAUGGACUGUGUAGCCCUGCCUUGGUUCUGGAAAUGUACUUAGCUCCUGCUGCUCUAUUUUUUUUUUCCUUGCUCUUCCCCACAUCUCUCCUCCUGAAGAUAAAUAUUUGGCUAACUUAUGGACUUUGUAAGUAGUUACAACUGCAGUCUUGGGAAUUUGCCAUUCCAGACAGCGCUGCUAGAAUACUGUCUGCUUCCUCUAGGGUCUUGCGUGAAGUGGCUGAACAACCAGAGAGAUAAUAGACAGGAGCUGUUAGCGCCUUCCUCAUCAGCUGCACUCUAGGCCAAACACAAACUAGGAACUUGUGUACGUAAGCAAAUCGGUCUUGUUUCCUCCUGCAAGACAAGAAUGUAGGGAAAUCAAGUGGCCAUUUUACUUAGUAGCUUUAAUUGACUUACUUCCAAAAUAGGCAGCAAAAUGCCUAUCUAUAAUUAGAUGUCAUAGGCAAUGCAAACUUGAGAACAGGACUGAAGAAUAAGUGCAAGAUUCUCUCUAGCUCCCUAGGAGCCACACCAAGGACGUACUGAAUAUUUCAGAGUUGGAUGUGCUUAUUUAAAGGAGAGUAGUAGUAAAAUGAGACAGAAUCUUUACUAAAUAGGCUACAAAUGUAUUAUUUGCUGUAUAUUACUUCUAGAAUAAAUUUGACUGCAAAUUUGACUUCGUCUCUAGAAUGGACCUCUACGUUUACUUACAGAUGUAAUAUAUAAAAUUUACAAAAAAACUACUUAAGCUUUUGCAAUGAUUUUUUUUUUGUAAACGUUUUUAUAUUAGGAGCGAUAAACAACAGAUAGCCUGUAGUUGAAAAUGCUGAGUCUUAUCCAAAGACCUUUGAAGUUAAGUGUAGUCCUUUUGUGGUUCCUGUGUCACAACCGGAUUUACAGAGCAGAUUUUAUGCCAAUGCCAUGGCUCAUAUUGUUUGCUGGGCUGUAUUUCCACAGUCCUUGACCCCAGUCCUAACUUUUCUAUUAGAGAACUGAUGGCUCUUUAGUGCAGUGAACACAAAGGCUUAGCUCAGGCACCUCUCACCUGUGGGCCACAUGCAUACUGUGGCCCACCCUCUGCCACUAUGCUGAAAAAGCCUCAACUUUUCUAAUGAGUAGUUCCACUGUGAGGAGCCCCUGUCCAAAUGUUCAGAUGACCUUGGCUGCGAGUGGAUAUGGGAGGCUCUGGUGAACCAGUAGGACGGCGUGGGUGUGGGAUAGAGGCCCAGGGUGUGUCUGAAUGGCAACCUGUGUUGACUGGCAGCUGGUUAAAUAGUCACCCUGGUGGCAGGGAAGUGUUUGGCAACAGGAGGUGUUCCAACAUACAGGGCUUUGUUGCUCACAGCUGGAACUCCAAAAGCAAACAGCAAGCACACGCUGGUGGCAGGAAGCUCUUUACUCAAGUGCCUACGGUAAACUUUGUCUUUUGUUUCGAUCCCUUGGAAAGCAGAACACCUGUUUAUACUGUCGCGUAUUUAUAUAGCUAUACUGGUAGGUUUGAGCGUAUUCUUUUCCUCUAUAAGGGCUGUAUUACAAAAGCAUCUUGUCAUUUUAAAAAUGAUCCUUUCUCUCUUCCCACAAUCAAAUUAUUGUUCAGAGAAACUCAUCCAGUUCCUUUUGUCUUGUGGGGAAAAGUGUCGGUGUGAUAACCUCAUUGCAGUAGUACUUGUGUGAAGACUGUAUUGUGACACAGCAUGUAGUGUUUUCUUGACAUGGUGAUUUUGGUCUGUGUGUAGGGAACCGGGAACAAUGAAUUGAGGGUGUGACUGACAAGCUAAGGAAGCUGUUUAUAUGCAUGUAACCUUUUAUUAUGUGUCUAACUAUGACUAUUUCAUUCAUGAAGUCACUUACGUUUUUCUUUUGAAGUUCAUGUCUCUAUACUUGUGACGUACGGAUAAGUGGUUUUUGGACUAAGGUUGUGUAUGGUGAACGUUUGAUAUUGUUUCUCUUAAGGAUGACUACUUACAUUUUGUCCUUCACAGAUGUUUUAAAAUAUUUUAAAACCCAAACGAAUAUCUCUCUUAAUGGAGUUGACUGAAAGCAAAGGGAGGAAAAACAGUCCUGUCCGGAAAAUACCCUCUCACUUUCACUCUUGUGACUUCACACAUUCCAUUGUAUAUAAGAAUUUGCAUAGUUGUUCGUUUUUGUUUUUUUUUUUUUAAUAAUCUCCAUGCUGUGUGCAGGAAAGGAAAGAGGACAUAAGGAAUAAAGGACUGAGAUAUAAUCAGAUCCAGAGAAUGGAAAAUGGAACACAGUGAAGCAGUGCUGAAAUGCAGGCUCGUCCAACCCAUGGCCAGCAUACGGCCGGGCCCAGCCCGUCCUGUGGCUGCCCCUGCCCCACUGUCAUGGCGGUGGCUCUGCCCUGCUGAGCAGCCCAGGCACACAGCCAUUGCUCAGCAACAGCCAAACACUGCUGUGUGAUCAGCACUGUCUGGGCUGAAACCAGGCAGGGGGAGGGCACAGUGCAGUGCCUACUCAAGUGAUGGAAAAUAAGUUUAUACAUUGCAAUACACUCUCCAAACACAGUCCUGUGAACAGUGAAAAAAGAUGUGGCGGUGCUUUCCAUUGUGAUAAAGGAAUCUGAGGUAUAGCCUUGCAAUCAGAGUCUCAACUCAAAAAUCUGAUUGUGUCUCUACCAGAGUUAGAUAAGUUUGAGUAAAAUACCUCUCACUUCACAGUCACACCUUAUUCAUGUCAUCACGUUUGGCAGUACGUACAUUUGUGAACAGCUUUUCAAGAAUGAAGCACAAGAAAAGUAAAAUUUCAUCAAAGAUGCACGACAAACACCCUGAGAACUCACCAAGAAUUGCAGCCACUGCCACCAAACCAGCCUGAUGCAUUAGUUUCACAAAAACAGGGUCAAAUAUCCCCCUCAUUUUAUGAUUUUGUCGCCCUCUUUUUUUGUGUUUUAAUUUAAAAAAAUAAUCAUAAUAAAGUUUAGUUACAAAUAUUAACUAUGUUAUAUAUUUUAUAUGUGGCCCAAGAUAACUCUUCUUCACUCAGUGCGGUCCAGGCAAGCCAAAAGGUUGUAUGUAUAUAUUGAAAGUGUUAAAAUAAGUCUAACUGUGAAUUUGUGCCAAGAAGAGGGGGAAUAGGUAAACAGUCCUUGCAUUGUGUUCUUCCUUCCAUCCAAAUUUAGUUCCAAGGCAUCAGGAACACCAGGCAUUCCCAGUAUCUCUCUAGUUAAAAAGCAAGAGGUUAAUUUAAUUUGAGAAAAG